AUGGGAUGGGUGUUGGCAGGGCUUGGGCUUGUUAUUCUACAAGUCACCUAUUCCAAGACGACAACAGAUAGUUGGCAUGCGACAGAAGUCAAAUCAGACAUAACUGUAUCCCCGGCCACGACAAAUUUCACGUCCCCGUUCAAAACCCACGGCCGACAUAUCCGGGACGCCGAUGGUGAGUCGCUCAAACUAGCUAGCAUAAACUGGUACGGAGCCAGCAAUAUCAAUUUCAUUCCAUAUGGCCUGGAUGUGCGACAUCGAGACGAGAUUGCCCAGUUGAUCCGCCGCCUAGGAUUCAACAGUGUCCGCCUCCCUUAUGCAGAUGAGAUUGUCGACCGGGGUUCCGUGGUAAAUUCAUCAUUGAUUGCAGCCAACCCAGCUCUAUUCCUGACAGCCACAAAUGGAAAACCACGAGCGUUAGAUGUCUACCACUCCGUAGUGAAAAGCCUGACAGCGGCUGGAUUGCUUGUCAUUGUGAACAACCACACUACGCAGGCCACAUGGUGCUGCGGUAUUAACCCCUGUGACAUCAUUUGGUAUAAUGACUGGCUGGCAGGAGGGUGCUUCUGCCGUAUUCUCCAAAGUGAAGACAAAUGGAUUCGUAACUGGGAGACGGUGAUGAGCCCGUUAGCAAAGAACCCGCUUGUCCUGGGUGCGGACCUGCGAAAUGAGCCCCGCGGGAUCUGGGGUACAUUGAACUGGGAUGACUGGGCGACAGCGGCCGAGAAGGUCUUGGAACGAUUAUUCGCAAUCAAUCCCUACUGGCUGAUGAUAGUGGAAGGGAUCUCAUCAGCGAACGACCUGUCAGGCGUGCGGUCGCGACCGAUAAAGUUGAGUCGACCGGCUCAAGUGGUGUACUCGGCGCAUGUGUACAAAUGGUCUGGCUGGGGUCAUUUGUACCCAUUUUUCAACCGCUCGUAUUCGGGAUUUGCGGCAGCGAUGAAUAAGAAUUAG